AUGGAUCCAAAUAUUCCUGAGGGUCCACGACCACCUCUGUCUUAUCCUACUCAAGAAAUACAGGUCAGGGACCUCAGGAUUACAUCCAGGCAGGCCAACAGCCGUCACAAACGCACAUGCUUAAAUUCAUAUAUUCCACUAGCCAGCUCUCAACCUUCUGUCUACUACACGUCUGUAACAUUCUCCUUGCGCCGCGAAGGCGGAAUAACAGCCUCCCGCCGGCACAUUCUAUGCGCAUCACAAUCACAAUCUAAUUCUCACCCUGAAUCUGACGGACAAGUUUCUGAAGGCAUCAGUUAUGAUGAUGCUAAUUUUGGGUACAUGGAUGGGCAUGUAGAUGCAAUUGAUGAUGCCCCAGUCACAUCGAAGCGAAAACGCACCACGGCUGAUAACCCCCUUCUAGUGUGGUUAAGCGAUCGUGAUGAGUAUCUGGCAGAAAUGCUUCGGAUGGAUGGCAGAGGGGACUAUACUUCAGAUACUUGCUGCAAAUGUGCCUCUGCUCCUGCUCUGUUCCGAUGCGACGACUGUUGUGACAUGCAGCUAUACUGCGGAGACUGCACUGUUUGCAAUCAUUUGCAGAGCCCCACUCAUCGCAUCAAGGAGUGGACGGGGUCAUUUUUCAUGGCUACAUCACUCAAGAAGCUUGGUCUGAGGAUCCAGCUGGGGCACACAAUUGGUGAAAGCUGUAUCCUGCCUCGCAAGUCAUUCAACGACAACUUCCUACUCAUCGAUACAAAUGGAAUCCACGAGAUGGCGGUCGACUUUUGUGCCUGUGAGACAUCCCAGACUCAUACAAAACAACUCUUGCGCAUGGGAUGGUUCCCCUCAACAACUGUGGAUCCAAGGACGGCAGCAACCUUCCGGCUAUUGCACCAUUACCAUAUCUUGUCUUUUGAGUCCAAGGCAUCCGCAUAUGAAUUCUAUCACUCGCUUGUCCGUAUAUCUGACAAUGUUGGUUUAAUUAAGAAGGAUCGCUAUGAAUCCUUCAUGCGUAUGGUUUGCGAGUGGCGACACCUGAAACUGUUGAAACAUUUUGGUCGCGGUCACGAUCCUGUCAGUGUGAGUGGUACCAAAGAGGGCGAAUGCGCUGUGCUCUGUCCGGCUUGCCCACAGCCUGGCAAAAAUAUGCCCCCUGACUGGAAAGAGGCGCCAAAAUCCAAACAACGGGAUAUAUCCUGUGAUGAAGCGGACCCAAGUCUCUCAAAGGGAUGGUCAUACUUUGUGGAAGAGGAGAAGUUCAAGUCCCAUCUCAAGGAGCAUUUGUCCGAGACACAGGAGAAUAAAGGGCUACCAUCCCAAAUACUCAAAACCCGCCAAAAACCCGGGGGUAUACCCAUGCAGUUCCCUAAUUGCGCGCGACAUAACUUCAAGCGCCCGAAUGGCGUUGGGGACCUACAAAAAGGGGAAAAGUACAUGAACAUGGACUACCUGUUUUUCUCCACACUUCGCAACAACUGUCUCGACGUUCUGAACGUAUCGUAUGACAUUGCGUGUCAAUGGCACAAGAAUCUAUGGAGUCGCAUGGAGUCGCUACCCGAGUCACACCAUAUAUCCUAUUUGCGCAUUUUUAUUUGGUUCUUCAUCCCCAAGUUCCACCUUCCAGCACAUAUCAAGAAGUGUCAGACAAUGUUCUUUUUCAAUUUCAUGCGUUUUGUGGGUCGUACAGAUGGGGAGGCGCCCAAGCGUGGUUGGUCCAACAUAAAUCCAGUCGCAUCAAGUACAAAGGCAAUGGGACCCGGCUGUCGUAGGGACACAUUAGACGAUCAUUUUGGGGAUUGGAACUGGAAAAAAGUCGUUGGCUUAGGCGCAUAUCUCAUCCAUAAAAUGCAGGAAGCUGUCAUUGAGAAGGCUGAUCACGAGGCUGCGUUCCAGGAGUUCAAUGCUGCGAUUUCCUCCGACCACAGGUCAGCAUGGACAGUGGAGAUGGAGAAAUGGGAGGAAAACCCCAAUGACACAUCAGUCACUAACCCCCUCGAGUCCAAGUCAAUCCAAAUCAUGCAAGCUGCAGCCCGUCUGAAACUUGCGGAGAUGGAAGCUGAAGAACUCGCUUGUGGGAUUGACCUAUCUCUGCACCCUGACAUCUCACCAAGUGUACUUAUCGCGUCGGGAUUAGACCUCGAAGAGGAAGAACGUCGUGUGAGAGCAGUAUCCGAAGGAAUGGGUCUCCACAUUUCCGAUAUACAGAAAGGCACACUUGCGCGAAUGAGGAAUGUCCUGCAUCAUAAGAUCGAAACGUGGAGAAGUGCACAGGUUCUGUACAUACCUGUGGUACAGAUUCUCACUACUACUGUGGUUUCUGACCCUCAUCAGCCGUUUGAGAAUGCUGAGGAUAUCCGCCUGUGGUUGCCAUCUAGUCUGAAAGGCAAACCAUGUGAUCCCCAACUUCAAGCUUACGAAUGGGAUUUGCGGUAUGCCCAGGCCCAUGAUGCACUCGAAGAGCUUCGACAGUGCCUUCGUGUGCGCUGUUCUAUGCUUACAUUCAAGCGGGAGUGGGUUCGUGGUCAAGGCUCCAACACUCGUGCUCAGAAUGCACUUGCUCGUGUGCACGGGCGACAAGUGGCAUGUACGAAGAGAUACAGGGUUGUGUGGGAGGCGCUGAAGACCCUGGCACCCCUCUUGAAGAAAGUGGGAUGGCGAGGACGGCUGCAAGACCUGAAGGAUGAAGACAUGAAACCAUUAGUGGACCCUUUCAGCAGAGAGACCGAAGGCCGCCACCACCUGACGUGGAUCUGGAUGAUGACGGGUGUAGAUACAGGUAGCGAUGGGGGCGACGUGGAUGGAGUUCGCGUGGAAUGGUGCAAGUCCAGAGCAAGAGCAAUGCGCUGGGUGGAGGAGAUAGAAUUGUUACAGGAAGAGAUGUGA